AGUGUUAGUCCGUUAUUAUUUUUUUCUCCAUGGCUCUUGUCUUUGCAUCAGGAGCCUUUCUUGAUAGCUCCUCGGACGCUCCCUCCCCCUCGCCUCACGUAAUUCAUCUUCUUGGCCAAUCCUGUCCCUCCCCAAAAAGUUUACGCCAUGCAGCCUAUAAGAACUGCCUAAGUUUCUCAAGUAUCGGAAAAGAGUUGUCCUCCCAGGAACCCAUCUAUGGAUACUUCAGUGCCUUCAAAGCCAGACAGACCUACAGGUGGAUUAAUUCUGUGACUUCAUGAGUUGAGGGAGAUAAUUUUUGGACACUUUCUGGCCGCCAUCUACCCGAGUGGAGAUGUCUGAGGAAAAUAUGGGGGAAGAGUCGGGCAGCUCCCCUGAAUCUCCUGUGGACAGUCUGAGCCACAGCGAGGGGGAGCUGGACAGACAGCCGAAGAGAUGUGGGAGGAAAAGGAGACCGAGCAGGAAAAACGGGGAGGACUCAGAUAGCCCGACCCCUGGGAAAAGAGGGAAGAAGUCCAGCAGCAGCAGCCCCCAGUCUUUCGAGGAGCUCCAGUCGCAGCGGGUCAUGGCCAACGUCCGGGAGCGACAGAGGACCCAGUCCCUCAACGAGGCGUUCGCGGCUUUGCGGAAAAUUAUCCCCACUUUGCCCUCGGACAAACUCAGCAAAAUACAGACCCUAAAACUCGCAGCCAGAUACAUCGACUUCCUCUGCCAGGUGCUGCAGAGCGACGAGCUGGACUCCAAAAUGGCAAGUUGUAGUUAUGUGGCUCAUGAGAGGCUGAGCUACGCCUUCUCUGUAUGGAGGAUGGAGGGCGCUUGGUCCAUGUCAACAUCUCACUAGCAUCUCGAGAAAUUAUGCCCUUAAUGGUGACUGCUGAUUCUACUUAAUCACAUUCUGACGGGACAAAUCUGGAGUCCAAUGCUGGAUACAUGGGAUCACUCUAUUUAAACCAAAGACGACAGAAGCUCUGGGGGGGUUAAUCAUUUCUGCAGAGGCCAUGUUAGCUCCAAACCCCCCAGUUCCCAGUUCUGGUGUGUUUUCGUGUUGUUGACGACGAAUGUUGAAAAUAUCAUGUGUCUUUUUUUGUUUUGUUUGUUUGUUUGUUUUUUGAUAUAUUUUUUUUUUUUUUGAAACAAAAGAAAUGUUUAAUGCAUGCCUUUGGACUUAUUUCUGUGGAGGUCAAAGUGCAUUAUUGAAGCAGUUGUCUCGGUGGUUUGGUGUGAGACUGUCAACUGGUGGUGUAGCUCACAUUGGACGCUGACUGUGUGGAUCUAACCUGUGCAAAACAAAACGAAAAAAAUAUUUUCAGAAUACAUUUAUUUAUUUAUUGGUGAAACGUGUUACAUUGAGAAACAGAUCCUGUGUCUGAAGUACAAAUACAUUCCUAUUUUUUAUUAUCUUUUUUUGUAAAUGUUUGUACAUUUUUUUUUAUUUUUUUUUUGCAUUAAAGAAAAC